GCGCGGCCGGGCGGGCGGGGCGGGUAGAGGCGCGGAGCGGUGGAGAGGGCUUUGAAAAGAUCACUUUCUAGUUAAAGAUGGCGGCUGAUACUUCUGUUGAAAUACUUCAAAAAGUUCUGGAGAAUGAAAUGCUUCAGACUACCAAGAUUGUGGAAGAACAUCUGGAUGCUGAAAUACAGAAGCUGGACCAAAUGGAUGAAGAUGAAUUGGAACGCCUUAAACAAAGGAGGCUUGAGGCACUGAAAAAGGCCCAGCAGCAGAAACAAGAGUGGCUUUCAAAAGGACAUGGAGAAUACAGAGAAAUCCCAAGUGAGAGAGACUUUUUCCAAGAAGUCAAAGAAAGUAAAAAUGUGGUUUGCCAUUUCUAUAGAGAUACAACGUUCAGAUGCCAAAUAAUGGACAAACAUUUGACUGUAUUGGCAAAAAAACAUGUUGAGACAAAAUUCUUGAAAUUAAAUGCUGAAAAAUCUCCUUUCUUGUGUGAGAGACUGCGCAUCAAAGUAAUCCCCACUCUAGCACUAGUAAAAGAUGGAAAAACGCAAGACUAUGUUGUGGGCUUUACUGAUCUUGGUAACACUGAUGACUUCACUACAGAGACAUUAGAAUGGAGGCUAGGCUGUGCGGACGUAAUUAAUUACAGUGGAAACUUGAUGGAUCCACCUUUUCAAAGUCAAAAGAAAUACGGAACAAGCUUUACAAAGUUGGAGAAGAAGACCAUCAGAGGAAAGAAAUACGAUUCAGAUUCUGAUGAUGACUAGAAGAACAACUAAAUGUAUUUGUAAAUCAUCUUUUGUUUAUGCUUGGUACAUUUCUAAGAAUGUUUUUUAUAAAGCUUACUGCUUUUCAUUACAUCUGCACAUAAUGCUCAUUUUUCUAUACAGUUUUAUACAACUGAGUCAUAGCAGAAAAAAGCUUAAAUAUUUUUUUUUUCCUUUUUUGGAAGUCAUUUGUAAUUUAAAAAUCGGAGUCCUUCUAACUAAAUAAUGGCAAAAUAGUGGCAAAUGAUGAACUAUGUCUUAAGUGUAAGUUUAUGAAGUGAUUUGAAAUAACUGUUAGAAACAUCUGUACCAAGUCAGACCAAAGGUCCCUCUGGCUCAGCAUCCAGUGUCAGUGGCCAAAAGCAGAUGCACAAGGAAGACUAAAAACAGGGUGAGCAGACAGCAAUGCUUCCCUAGAAUAUACUUUAAGAAAUCUCGGGUUUGGGGAACUCUGUAUCUGAGAGCAUUUGCUGGUUAAAGUAGUAGGGGGGAAAAAAAAGAUCUCUUUAAAUCCUCAUAGUAUCCCAGCAUCCACAUCAUAUGACAAGGAGUCCACAGUUUAACUGUGUUUUGUGAAGAACAACUUCCUGUUGUUUUCCUUGAAUCUGACAGUUCCAUGUUUUUUCUGAUUUUCUUUAUUUAAGGCAAUGAUAGACACUUUUCAAAAAUAUUUUUCCCUCUCAGUUCCUCUUCCAGCAGUCUUUUCAAAUUUAUUAUUACUUAUUUUAUCAGUAAAGCACUACAAAAUUAUUAGUAAAGGAAUCGUGCAUUUUAAGAAAUGAUUGCUUAUCUUAUGGUGCCAUAUCAUAAUAUUGAAUAACUUAACUACGUUGCACUAUAAGUUGUAAGAACAGUCGUUAACUUCUGUGAAUUCUGAAAUAGAUGGCCAAGAGAAAUGCCCUUUUACCAUCUAUGUACGCUGCAUGUUAAAGCUGAUACAGCGGGUAAUAGCACAUAGCAACAAGCAUACUGAAAGCAGCCUUGUUGACAGGUUUGUAUAAUUCUGUGGUUUUGAACGUGUGGAUUUUAUAGCAGAUGCUUUGUACAAGAGAGUAGAAUAGAGAAAAGUAUUUGGGAGAAACCUUGAUCUGUUAAGUUUAGAUAUAGCACCGCAUACUGUGUACUGUUCUUAAGUAAUGGACAGAAUUUUCAAGGGAGAUCUUCCUUGGAACACAAUGUAGAAUUUCUGGCUAGGUGAAGAGUUGAUGAGUUUUCUUUUUGUCUAAAAAAAACCAACCAAACAAAAAAGUUUGCUGUGUGCUGAAGGACCCUUUUGAGGUGGUAUUUUAAAUCCAGUUGGUCCAGAAAAGCAGUGAAGUGAGUCUAGUUAGUCCUGCUGCCUUGUAUUGGAGAACACUUGUGAUUGGGCCAGCACAGCAAUAUAUCUCUGUUUAAAAAAAAAUAUAUAUUUUAUUUCUGUUCAUGUACAUUGAAAUAAAAUUAUUUUAAUUCUAA